CACCAGACCGGAAGAGACGACGGCGAAGGUCGGGACGUAAACAUGGCAGCGCGCAGUGUGCUGAGGUCUGUAUGGACCUCAUUUUCCACUUUGAAAUUAGUGAACACGAAGGUCCAGCACGGGAUGAAUAUUCCACAACUAUCGGCUGUAACCAUCCAGAGUCGAGGCAUCCGCCAAGUGGUGGAGAAGCAGGAGGGCAAAACAACAACGAUUGAGGGACAAAUAGCGGACGUUCCAGCAGCACCCGAGCCCCCAAACCCUGCAGCCAAGUGUCCCAUCUACAGAUGGAAUCUGCAGCACAAAUACAACUACACCGACGUCCUGUUGCUGAGUCAGUUCAUCAGGUCAGACGGAGGGAUGCUGUCAAAGAGAAUCACUGGUCUCUGCCCAGAGGAGCAUCGCAAGAUCGCCGUCUGCGUUCAGAUGGCUCAGCGAGCAGGUCUGCUUCCGGACCACAAACCCAAACUUCCAGAGGACCACGUCCCAAGGAGGCCCAAGCCACAGCUCAAUAGAUACCUCACUCGCUGGUCCAUUGACACGGCCAAACCCAUAUAUAGAAGUGGACUGAAGUGGUGUAAGAAGCGCAUGGUGGUUGGCAACCGGCUUCUCCAGGACAAUGUGCGUUACGGUGUCAAGCACCUCAACAUAAGGCACUAAAGGACCGAAGGCCCGGUGGACCAGCGGCUGGGUCAGAGUGGGUGGGCCCGUGUUCUGCGGAGACGCUUGUGAUAUCUCCGUGAGAAAGGGCCUAAAAGCUUCACCCGUCUGUAUUUAUUCUACCUUUUGUUUAUCGAGCUGCGUCACCCUUUUAAUGAAGCAAACUCUGCGUGACCCUCGGACCGUCUUUUCUGUCUCUGCUGGUUUUCAAAAAGCCCUUGAAGUGAACUUUGUGACAAGCCAAUGUGAGCAACAACUGGGUCAGUGUGACAGUUUCAAAGUAGGUGGUAUAUUGACUGUGUAUACUCAAGGCAACGCAGAUGUGCAAAUAAAAGCGGUUCUGCUUA